AUGCGACGGAAGAUUAUCAUGCAUGUGGGCCCUACCAACAGCGGAAAAACACAUAUGGCUCUGCGCGCACUCGCAGCUGCACAGUCAGGUCUGUACGCAGGCCCACUACGUCUACUCGCACAUGAAAUCUGGGAGCGGCUGAACAAGGGACAAAUAGUCCCACUGGGUAUGUCUCCAGAAGAGGAGGCUGAACCCGACACCUCUAUCAAUUCGGACAUCGUCCAGGAGACCGGUGCUAGGCCUACGCUACGGAAGCAGGGGAACACCAAAUAUAUCAGACAAUGCAAUCUCCGCACGGGCGAGGAAUUCAGGGUCGUGUCGGAUUCGGCGUCGUUGCUUAGUUGUACAGUGGAGAUGGCGGCGUUGGAUACGCAACUAGACGUGGCUGUCGUGGACGAAAUACAGAUGAUCGCAGAUCCUGCGCGAGGAUCGGCAUGGACGAUGGCCGUACUGGGCAUCGCUGCGCGCGAAUUGCACCUUUGUGGCGAGGAAGCCGCCGUACCUGUCGUUGAACAAAUAUUGAAGCACACGGGCGAUGAACUCGUCGUUAAUCGAUACGAACGGCUCACGCCGUUGGUCGUUCAAAGCGAGUCACUUCGUGGUGACCUGUCGCGCAUUCAGAAGGGUGAUUGUCUCGUCACCUUUUCUCGCAACAAUAUCUUCGCGCUGAAAAAGCGGGUGGAGGAAAGUACCGGACUACUGUGCGCUGUCGCUUAUGGCAAACUCCCCCCUGAAAUUCGGUCUGAGCAAGCCGCACUUUUCAAUGAUCCCAAAAGUGGCUACGAUGUCAUUGUAGCUAGCGAUGCCAUUGGAAUGGGAUUGAAUUUGAAGAUCAAGCGCGUGGUCUUCGAGGUUUUGAACAAAUUCGACGGCUACGUUGAACGCUCGUUAUCUGUGUCACAAAUCAAACAAAUAGCCGGCCGAGCUGGGCGUUAUGGUCUACAUGGUGACCCGGGUGGUUUCGUGACCACACUACAUCCGGAGGAUCUCCCGCGCCUCAAAUCGGCACUUUCCUCUCCUCCGGAGGCACUAAUAUAUGCCAUUAUCGACCCCACAGAAAGCUGGAUGGAAGACAUUGCCCAAAUUCUUCAUCCCGAGUCAUCUAUCCAGGCACUCUUCGAGGUCCCGUCGUAUGUCUCUAAAGUCCGUCCGCCAUUCAGGGCCGCUCUUCCUAGUAAACUAGAAGAUAUGGUCAAGUUCAUAGAUUUACGCGCCCGGGACAUGCUUCUAGCCGAUAAACUCAUGCUAAAGAACUGUCCAACGAGUUGGCGAGAUCCAAGCGCGCGAGAUAUUCUCACACAAAUCACCCGCCUGUACAAACGUGAAGUUCAAGUUGACCUCGACGCCGUUCUCGCCGUUGCACCAUUGAUGAAAACGCUUGAAGGUGUCGAGAAGCGGAUGAGCAAGGGUGUUGUUCCUGCUCCUCAGGAACUCACAAAUGCGCUACGGGUCCUCGAGGACAUGCACAAGACCCUGGUUCUCUAUCUAUGGCUCGGUUUCCGGAACUACAUGGCAUUUCACCAGACAGAAGAAGCACAUGCCCUGAAAGGACGCGUCGAGAGUGCAUUGGACUGGUGUCUUCGACAGGUGUCUGGGCAGCACGAUGGCGAGGCAUUGCAGAAAGCAAAAGAGGAAAAAGCUGCAGGUGAGCUUGAGUACCACCAAAAACGAAGGACGAAGGAUACGAAGGAUGCGGAGGUAAGAAAGGGUGUGAUUUUUGCUGAAGUUGUCGCUGCUGCGCGCCGCGCCUCUGAGCGUGACGUGUAA